CUCUCUCUGAGAUGAUGGUUCUGCCAAGCUUCUGCUAUCUGCCACUGUUUGACUAAUCUCUGGAUCUACCCAGAGGCAAACAAAUGAGUAAAAACGCAAUAAAAAGCAGGGAACUGCUCAUGAUUCCUUGCAGCCUUUUUUUAAGUCUACUUUCCCACCAUCACAGUAAAAAACCUCUGCCACUCGUCAACAUCUCAACCUCCCAUCCUUUUUCUCAUCUCAUUCAUUUGGUGGCAGUCAAACCCAUAUUCCCAAAUGAAAGUGAUUGUCUGUAUUUAAAUCCAUCUAAAUCACUGCCUUUUCUUUUAGCCUCCCUGUUUCCAUCACUUCCCCACUCUCUAAAAUGGCCAUUGUAGAGAGAGAGAGAGAGAGAGACCUGUGGCUUCCGUAUUGAAGUGGAACCAUCAUCCCAUUUGUCAAUUUCCCAUAUGUCUUGUUCUUUUCCGCUGCUGCUUUCCGCCAACUAGGCGUGAGACCACGGUCAUUUAUGUCCCCUCCCCAGCAUCACCCUAGCUUCUCUUUCAGACCGGUGAAGUCUAAAUCACUGAAAUAAGCACAUGCCCGCACUCAAAAAGGCAGCCCCCUUUCCACCUUACCCGUCUCUCAUCCACUAUACUCAAAAAAAAGUACUAGAAACCGCAACCUCUAUCAACUUGCCCCUCAUGGCCUAAGGCAGGGGUCCCUUUACCAUGAGCUCACUGACCCAUGACCUCCUCCUCCUCUUAGCACUUCUCCAUCUCCUCCUCCCCACCUUCUGCCUUGAUAAAUCCUCACUCUCUUCUCCUCAGGGAAUGUUGACACAGGAGAAGAUCAGGCUGGGCUCAACGCCACCCAGUUGCCACAACAAGUGCAACGAGUGCAACCCCUGUACGGCGGUCCAGAUCCCCACCCUCCCGGGCCGGACCGACCCCGGCCUUGGCCGCCCGGUCCAGAUGGCCCACCCAUUGGCCGACCAGCCCUCUUACACCAUGUACUCCAACUACAAGCCUCUGGGGUGGAAAUGCCGGUGUGGUAAUCACCUCUAUAACCCUUAGAAAUGGAGAAGCAAGAAUAGGGGCAUAUCUUUUGGGAUCCAUGGAUGCUGGAUUCAGAAGGCCUAUUGGAAAUGGAUAGGUUUCUUCUCAUUCUUUGUUUGCUUGUUUUUGCUUUGAUUGGUUUUAGUACUUGUUGCCAUUUUUGUUUGUGGGUUUUAUGAGGUGCAGGGUCCCUGCGAUUCUGUUG